CAGCAGCCAAGGUGGCACUCGGCUGCUGCUGGGCUCUUGCUUUAAAAUGCCUGGACUCGCGGUGUCUGCUCGGCACCUGGCAGAGCUGGAGGGUCCUCGUGAGCUCUGGGGGUGCUGUGGGCGACAGCUCUGUUUGUCCUACACAGUGUUACGCUCUCAGAAAACAUAAGCCGUGCUGCUUUCUCCCCCUGAGGGGCUGCCAAAGGCUCGGGGCUUGGGGGAUGAUACUGAGCCCUGUGUGGGUUCCCUGGGGUCUCCAGGGCAGAGUAGGGUCCCAGCUUGGCAGCACUGGUGUUGGCAAGGAGAAAGCCUCCUCCCGGCAUUGGCUUUGUGGGGAUGUCCUGGCUUGUGUCCCAGCCCCAUCCCUGUGCCACUGUCUUCUGUCCCUGAGCCCCUGGUGGUCCCUGCGUGGGGGGACACGGAGGCUGGGUGCCUCCGGGGUGCUGGGCACGGGCUGCCUCUUGCCACUCGCUCGCAGAGGGCACUGCUGAGCCGCCAAGGGCUCCCCGCCUGCAGCCAGAGGAGACGCUCUCGAUGAGGAAGGAAGGAAGAAAAAAAAACAAAACUUGACUGAAGAAAACAUGCAUAAACCAGAAAGGCAAGUCACGUGUAGAGGGAGGGCUCCCACAGCCUCCCGGUGCGGUGGCACAGAGGACGCGGCUGUCUCCCGGCCAGAGGGACCCCGGGGGCUGGGCAGACCCUGGCCGUGCUUCCAGCGAGCGUUGGGAGCCCAGCACGGGGUUGCUGAGGGGUUGUGUUCGGCGGAGCGUGGUGGGCACAAUGGCACCACCACAUUUGCGGCCGGGACCAGAUGAGUGACUGCCCAGCCUGAGGUUCUACCUGUCUGUUGUGUUUGCGGUGGCAGCUCUGUCACACCCGUCCCCUCGCCCUGGCACCCAGCCUGACAGCGUAGAGCCGGGGGCAGAUGGACGGGCCGCAGCGGGAUGAGCCCUGCCCUGAGCCUGCUACUGUCCCUGGCCACCUGCACCCUGCUCCAGGGCACCCCACUGCCCCCCCGGGACGUGAGGCUGGAGGCACAGAACUUCCACGUCUGCCUGAGUUGGGAGCCGGACCCUGGCUCGCCCAGUGGCACCACGUACCAGGUGGAGUGGAGGGGACGAAACUCUCCCUGGACCAAGGCAGGUGCCUGCUGGGGUAACAGCACCGGCUCCUCCUGGGCGUGCGAGCUGUAUUUUGACGAUAUCUACGAUAUCUACUGGGCAAGGGUGAGAGCGGAGGCCGGAGGCGAGCUGUCCGAGUGGGUCAGUUCCAGCGAGCUGCAGCCGUACAGAGACACAAUGGUGGGCCCCCCCACGUUAUCCUGGCUGCUCCAGGGUGACACCCUCAGUGUAAAUGUCACCCUGCCCCUCACGCCCUACCGUAGCAAAGCUGGCUCCUACGAGCCAGUGGAGGAGGUGCUGUGGAAGCUGUGGUACUGGCUGAGCCUGUACGAAGGGGACGUGCUCAUCCAGAAGGUGCCCUGCAGACGUGGUGGGGAGGAUGCCCCCUGCCUAUUCCAGUACCUGAAGCCCCGCACACGGUACUGUGUCCGGACAAGGGCCGCCAACAUGGCCGGGGAGCGGAGUCGGGAGGCCAAGCAGUGCCUGGUGACACCGUCCAGCCCCACAGCCUGUUGUCACCUCCUGGCAGGCUUUCCCUGGCUGCUCCUUGCCGUGUUGAGUGGUGUCUUCCUGCUGCUGCUGCUGAGUGUGGCUGGGCUCCGCUGCCUCCAGCUGCACGUCUUCCCCAGCCCCUCAGAGACGGACCUCCCGAAAACGCUUGCUCUCCUGAACGGGCAGCUGAGUGUGGCCAUCAGGGUGCCCACCCUUGAGUUGGAGGAGGACUCCUUUGCCCUGCUGCUGCCAGCCAUGCUCCCCUCCCGCGGGCCACCCCCGGCUGAGCUGACAGCACCCACUGUCCGUCUGCUCCUCGGAGAAAGCCUUUCCCAGGACAUCAAUGGCUACUGCGCCAACGGGUUUGGGCCAGGCUGCCACCAGGGCAGGGACCCGUCCUGCACCCGCAGCCAGCUGGGACACGCUGUGGGCUCCUGGGUCCCAUCGUGGCCGGGGGAGGAUGGGGAGACGUGUGACAAGGAUGAUGUACUGGAGCCACUGGUGCCCCUGGUACUGACCGGAGACAGCUACACAGGUGACAGGGACUACCAGACACCCGAGACGUGGCUCUCCCUGCACCCCCAACUUUACUCUAAAUGCCAGUGCCCAGCCCUGGGAGCAGGCAGCUGCCUGCCUCUGCCCACACCGGGCAGGAGCUUCAGCCAGGAGGACCCACAGGAGAGCCUCAGCGUGGCAGGGCACUGGGUACCGCUCAAGUCGGUGAAGCUGCUGGGCAGCAAGGAGGAGGAUGGAGGGCAGCUCCUGUGCGCUCUCCAGCCCCUGCAUGGCUGUGGGACUGAGCCGCAGCCAGGGGACAGCACACUGCAGCAGGACAGCUUGGAGCAGGCAGCGCCAGGCAUCCCCCCUCCCUGUCCACUGUCCCCAUUGCCCCCCGACACCCUGCGGGCCACCUUCUCCGGCUACGAGCUGCAUCCCCCGGUGCAGGGUGAGCCAUAGCAGGCGGGGUGGGGGGACAACACCUGAGUAACAGCAUCAAGCAAUAGCCCAAGGCACUGCCCGGAGCUGCCCCAGCCACAACGGCUGCUGCUGGGACCUGCCUGUGCCUCACUGGGGACAGGACGGGGACAGGACUGGGACAGGCAGGGGCACGCUCUGGGCAUGGCUGCCACGGAUGAGUGACAUCCAUUGAGACCUUCCCUUCCCUCUGUGGUUUUGGUGCUCUUGAACCAAAGCAUAAGGAAUCUGUACUGAAGUUGAAGCCCCAAAACUUUCCUCUAUUUAUCCAUCUAGAUGUGUGUGUGCAGUUCAUAUAUUAAUGCAAAUCUAAGUAUAUACUCGUAUAUACAUAUAAACCUCUAAUGAAAGAGGCGAUUUUAUAUUUUUUACUUGUCUGGAAAUACUGAUCGUGCACAGGAGCUGUUUUUAUGUAACACUAAUUUAUUAUGGAAAA